UAGAAAGAAAAUUAAUGAAAAAGACACCGCAACUACCACUCAUUCUGAUUUGGUUUUUGUUCUUCCAUGUUUUGCCUUAUUUGACAAUGAUAACAUUUUUACUUUACUUUUACUAGGUCCUACUCAACACUGUAUUGAGAAGAAAAGUCAACUAGAAGUAUUGUAUUACAGUAAAAAGUCACCUAAAUUGGAAUGAGUAAGCAGCAAUAGUGGUGCCUAAAAGAGAAGACCCUUGUCUACUUCCCAGUUUUCAUUGCUAAGUCAAGCUAUUUUAACUACUCCUUCAAUACGUCAAACGCAAAGAAGCAAAGAGAAUAUGGCAGAAUCCAUACAAGACAGAAAGCUCCAUAUAGUGAUGUUUCCAUGGCUUGCAUUUGGCCACUUGAUUCCAUAUAUCAAUCUGUCAAAUGAACUUGCAAAAAGAGGACACAAAAUCUCGUUCUUGUUGCCUAAACGUGCAGGAAUUCGACUUCAAAAUCUCAAUCUUUAUCCUCAUCUCAUCACAUUCCACAAACUCACAAUCCCUCAUGUUGAUGGCCUUCCAUAUGGUGCAGAGACUACAGCUGAUGUGCCUGGAUCUUUGGAGACUUUACUAGCAACAGCUAUGGAUGAAUUAUACGAUGAAAUCAAAUCUUUUCUUGAAAAUCUAAAACCCCAUUUCGUUUUCUUUGAUCUUGCUCAUUGGAUUCCUGAGUUAGCACAACAAAUUGGAGGUAUCAAGACUGUGUUUUACCUAAAUGUUUGCCCUGCUGCAGCACAUUUACCACCGGAUAAGACUACUUUCAUGACAUCAACUGCAGCUGAGCUUGUAAAGCCACCACCAGGUUACCCUUCUACUACUGUGGUGUUGCGCGAAUGUGAAGCUAAGUUGUUGUCGUUUCAAUUUAUUGAAUAUGGAAAGGGGUUGACAUUUUGCGAACGAGUGCAGACGACGCUGACAGGAUGUGAUGCAAUAGCUCUGAAAACAUGUAGAGAGAUUGAAGGAACCUUUGGUGACUUCGCAGCAACACAAUCUGAAAAGCCAGUCCUUUACACAGGACCUGUUCUUCCCGAGCCGAAAAAUGAGUCUUUAGAAGAACCUGGAUUAUCGAAUUGGCUCCAGAAAUUCGAGCCAGGAUCAGUGGUGUUCUGUGCAUUUGGGAGCCAAACGAUUCUCGAAAAGAAGCAGUUCCAAGAAAUUGUUUUAGGCCUUGAAAUGACUGAGUUACCGUUCUUUUUAGUGGUUAAGCCACCUGAAGGGACAAAUUCAGUAGAAGAAGCCUUGCCAGAGGGAUUUAAAGAAAGAGUUAAAGAAAAAGGAUUAAUUCUUGAUUGUUGGGUGCCACAAUUGAAGAUUUUACGCCACCAAUCAGUUGGUUGUUUUGUGAGUCAUUGUGGGUAUGGAUCAAUGUGGGAGUCUUUGGCACUUUGUGAUUGUCAAUUGGUAUUUUUGCCAAGGCCUCCGGAUCACCUUUUAAAUGCUAGACUGAUGGAACAUGAACUUAAGGUUGGUGUAGAAGUGGAGAAAGAUGAAAAUGAUUUGUUUACAAAGGAGAAUUUGUGCAAGGCUGUGAAAUGUGUGAUGGAUAAAGAUAGCCAAAUUGCUUGUUCAAUGAAAGAGAAUCAUAGGAAAUGGAAGGAACUUCUUUCAAGUCCUGGAUUCAAGAGUAACUAUAUUGACAAUUUCAUUCUGAACUUGCAUGGACUUCUAGAUUAAUUUGUUGGGUGGCGGAUCUACCAUUCAAGUUACGGGGUUAGCAGAAUCAAGUAAUAUUGGUUCAAAUGAUAGUAUUUGUGUUAAGAAAUUUGCUUAAUGUAAGAUAGGUUGUCCUGUUUUGAAAUUCAGAGCCCAUAAAUUUUAAACUUGUAACUAUUUGCAUACAGUUGAGAUCUCUACUAAAUUUAUCUUAGACAAAUAUUUGUACUCUUCUAA